AUGGAAAGUGGUGGUCUUCCAAUUGAUUCAGGAUUUCCUUUAGAUAUUAUAAAAAGUUUACCACCUUAUGAAGAUUUUAUAAAAAGAAAAAAUGAACAAGAUGAUGAUGAUAAUGCAAAUGAAGAACCUCAACAUCAAUUUACACUUAGAAUUUACUCUUUAGGUGAUAACACUUCGAUAAUGUCUAUGGAAGAAGCAAUAUUUAAAACUGCUGGCAUGUGUCUUUCACAACAUCAGUCUAUAAGUUUAUCAUUUGUUCCAAUGCAACUUUAUCAUACUAAAAUUAAAAUUAAUGGAGAAUCAAAAGUUGGUUUACUUUUAAGUGGAACUGAUGGAAGAAUUCAUUUAUAUUUAGAAAAUAAGGAUAAUCCUAUGAGAUGGGAAGAAGAAUCCGUGCGCCCUUAUUUUCCUUCGCUUUCAUCAUUAUUGGAUUCAAAUUCUAAUUGCGUAUCAAUUUUGGAAAUUCAAGAAAUUAAUGAUCUUAAAAUUAUAGCAGCGGGAUGUCAAAAUGGAAUCUUAUUUAUUUCUAUUAUGAAAUUCGAUAUUGAGACUAAUGAAUACGUACAAUUAGAAGGACCAUCUUCGGUCGCACUUUUCUGUCCAAUUACGUCAAUUACAAUAUUUUCUUCUUUUACUAGUGAAGUUAAUCCUAGUGAUAUUCAUUUGCUUGUUACGUGCGCAGUUGAACAAGCAAUUGUUUAUUGUGUACUUUGUUCACAUGUUAUGGAUGUUGAUUGGGAUGGAAGAAAUGAAAUUAUUAUUGGUACUUAUGGAAGAGAAAUGUUAAUUUAUAAACAAGAGAUCAACGAAGAUCCAAAUUCUAUUAUUAGUUUUAAAUUAAUACAUCAACAAUCAUUUACUCAUCCUAUUUAUAGCAUCAAUGGAAUAUAUUUAAAUCAGGAUGGAAUUGAUGAAUUGAUUGUUUCUACUCAAUACGGAGUACACAUUUUACAGCCAAACUUAAAUAAAGCUAAAGAAGUUUUGGUAAAAAGAUUAAAAAAUUUAGAAAAAUUAAGACAAGAAUAUCAUCAUCUAGAAAGUACUGUUGUUAAUGAUAAUAAUAAUGAUAUAACGCUAAUUAAUUAA